AUGGAAAAUGGAACUUUUACAGUAACGGCUAAAUUAUUCGUCGAAAAUCGUUUACGUCUAGUGAAUAUGCUGAAAAAUAAAAUUGAAGCUGGAAGUAUUAUAUUGUUAAAAGGUGGUAUAAAACAGAAUCGUUAUAAUACUGAUUCUAUGGAUCUUCCAUUUCGACAAGAAUCGUAUUUUUUUUGGACUUUCGGAGUUCAUGAAAGCGAUUGUUUUGGUGCAAUAGAUAUUGAUUCCGGAAAAUCAUUUCUUUUUCCUCCACGAUUACAUCCGGAUUAUGCUAUUUGGCAGGGAAGUAUCAACAAUGAAGAGUGGUAUAAGAAGAAGUAUGAAGUUGAUGAAGUACAUUUCAAUGAUAAAAAUACCAUCAAUGAAGUAUUAACAAAUUUGCAUGCUAAGCAAUUAUUAUUGCUGAAAGCUGAUAAUUCGGAUAGCGGUGAAAUAUUGGAACCUCCAACUAUCGAUGGAUUAAAAAAUGUACCUUGUAAUACAUCAAUACUGUAUCCAAUUAUGGCUGAGCUUCGCGUCUUCAAGACAGAUCACGAACUUAAUGUUAUGCGUUAUGUUUGCAAGGUAGCAUCAGAAGCACAUAAAGCGAUAAUGAAAUCAGUGAAACCUGGAAUGUAUGAAUAUCAAUUAGAAAGCUUAUUUCGUCAUUAUUGCUAUUAUCAUGGUGGAUGUCGACAUUUGGCUUAUACAUGUAUCGCUUCAUCUGGUUGUAAUAGUGCAAUCCUACAUUAUGGCCAUGAAAAUGCACCAAACAUGAAAAAAAUCAUCGAUGGUGAUUUAUGUUUGUUUGAUAUGGGCCCGGAAUAUAACUGUUAUGCAUCAGAUAUUACGACGACAUUUCCGUGCAAUGGUAAAUUUACAGAAAAACAAAAGAUUAUUUAUAAUGCAGUUUUGGCUGCAAAUACAGAGGUAUUUAAAGCUGCUAAACCAGGAAUACGAUGGAAUAAAAUGCAUAUGUUAGCGGAACGGAUUAUAUUGUCACAUUUGAGAGAUGCGGGAAUAUUGACGGGUGAUUUGGAAGAUAUGAUGGAAGCACGAAUGGGUGCGGUAUUUAUGCCUCAUGGAUUAGGACAUUUUAUGGGACUUGAUGUUCAUGACUGUGGUGGUUACCUUGGAGAUGCUGAACAUCGAUCAACAUUUCCAGGUCUUAAAGCUUUACGUACAACACGUGUUUUGCAAGAAAGAAUGGUAAUAACCAUCGAACCAGGCUGUUAUUUUAUCGAUAUGCUAUUAGACGCUGCACUUAAUGAUCCGAUACAAAGCAAAUUCAUUGUCAAAGAAAAGCUAAACGGGUUCAGAAGUUUUGGUGGAGUACGAAUUGAAGAUGAUGUAAUAAUCUGGUCGCACGGAAAUGAACGCAUGAGCAAUGUACCGCGAACUGUGAAUGAAAUCGAGCAAUUCAUGUCUGGAAGGUAA